AUGGAGGCACAUUCUGUCCUACCGACCGAGUUGACCUUAAUUACACCGGUCCAGAUCACUGUACAAACAACCUCGGGACGUGAGGAUCGGAUCCUGUGCAGUAAAUCUCCAUCAACAACCUCUGUAGAUGCUGUUGGACCAAGUGACACGGCAGCCUUGCUUGGUGGUGCAGCCACUCUGACUUGCAGUAACCCUGCGUACACUUCACCAGGUUCUGGUGCUGCUCUGUGGAGUGAGGGUGGAGUACCCUUUGGUACCCAGCAAAAUGGGAUUUACACUGCACCUGAAUUUGCUAAAUACACGAAUUUUGGCAUAGUAUCCAAUGAGUAUCCCCAGAUGGACCUCACAGUUAGCAAUGCUCAGGUUGAAGAUGAAGGAACCUACACAUGCACCUUGCCGUCAGAUCAAGGAUCAGCAACUUUGACUGUUGAAAUUGAAGGCAAUGAACCUACCACCACACUGAACAGUGAUCCAUCAGUGACUCCUAUCAGACUGAUAGCAGGAGAGCAAAGUGUGUUAAGAUGCACAGCGAGCGGCUUCAGACCUGCAGUCAAUCUAGAAUGGUACAAAGAUGACAUCAAAAUCACAGCGGGUGUUUCUGAGGAUCCAGCCACUAAUAAUGGGGAUACCUUCACUACGGUGGGCACUUUGACAUUCACUCCAACAAUUCCAGACGAUGGAGAUCGUCUAGAAUGCCGCACAAUAGGACAGGAGGUCGCCACGGCAAAAACAGGAGGGCUCACUCUAAAUGUACAAUAUGCACCUGUUGUCAAAGUUGACUACAGUGGUGGUCAGAUAACAUGUUCAUCAGAUGCCAACCCACUGGCCACAACCCAUCAGAUCAUUCGGAACGGCACUGACGUUCUGAAGACAUUCCCCAACAGUCCAGGAUCUGUAGAAUUCACACCGAACUAUUGCGCUGUAAUCAGUUGUAACGCUACAAACACAAUCGGAACAGGAACAGACACGUUUGCUCAGCAGAUAUGCCCAGAAUUGAGUACAGAAUUACCGAGAACAACGGAAGUUCCGUCAAAGGCAAUGCAUCCAACUAUAAAAUCUACAGUUGGCGUGAUAGUCGGAGCAGUGGUGGCGGCUUUUAUCGGUGGAGUUCUCGUUAGUGGUAUCAUGUUUUACAUCAUGAAGAGGCGACAUCAAGUACAACAUGAAAGAGAUGGACUUCAUCAAACAAUCAAACACGAUGGGGAUCACCUGAAUCAAGAUGGGCCUCAUAAGAGAACACCCAAACGUGAGCAGAAUCAAGGCAAGUUCCUCUUGACCUUCAAUUACCUCAGAUGA